AUGCCUCCCAAAAAGCGCGGAGGCGCAGCUAGCUCCUCCGCACCACCAAAACGCGGACGCGCAUCAAAGCUCGCGAAGGAGAACAACAUCACCGCCGAAGAAGAGAACGAAAUCAAAGAAGUGUUCCAACUAUUCUCCGACAAGAACGCAGACUUCCCAGACGAGAAGGAAGGGGUCAUUCCCCGCGAAGAUGUGCGCAAAGCACUGGUCGCUCUCGGCCUUCCACCCACCGAUUCAACCGAACUCGCAGAAAUCCUGUCCGCGCUCGAUCCAACUCUCAGCGGAUACGUGCCCUACAAUCCCUUCGUCUCGAUAGCAGCAGCUAAGCUGCGCUCGCGCGAUGAUGACGCCAUGGCUGCUGAGGUGGAUGAUGCGUACCAGCUAUUUACGCGCGGCACGGAUGGGCCCAUUACACUGUCGCAUUUGCGGCGCAUUGCGCGCGACUUGAAGGAGGAUAGUGUGGGUGAUGACUUACUCAAGGAUAUGAUUCUUGAGGGGAAUGGGGGCGCUGGGUUGAGUGCUGGUGUUACUUUGGAGCAGUUUCAUGAUGUCAUGACCAGAGCUGGUGUGUUUUAG